CAAAACACAAGCAAAGCAAGGUUGUCUGUCUAUAAAUACAGAUUGAUUGUCCGAAUUAUUCUUAACUAGUUGAUCAAAGAUGGCUUUAUCGGCUUCUAAGGCCACUCUUUUACUGAGGGUCCUUUCUGUAGCUUUCCAAUUAGCAUCAAUUAUACUUCUUAUUACCAAUAAGAAGACGGCCUCCAACAACAACGGCAAAUUCGGCCCUAAGACUUUAACUACCUACAGAUACAUGUUUGGUACUAAUGUCAUUGGCGGUGGAUAUAACCUCUUGCAAAUAGUUUCAUUUUUAAUCUUCCGGAUCUUGAUGAACAACGAUGAUAGCUACGUAUACUGCCUUAUUGAAUUUUAUGGUGACAAGGCUAUAUCAUAUCUUUUAGCCACAGGGUCAGCUGCAGGAUUUGGUGCUACAAGAGAUUUGAAGAAAUUCUUGGGAGAAGCAUAUAACAUCGAACAUUUUUUCGAUAUGGGAUAUGCAUCAGCUAUCCUCCUCUUCCUCGCUUUCUUGUGCACUGCAAUAUUGUCAAUUUUGUCUUCCUAUUCAUUUCUAAAGAAAGUUCACCUGUUCGUAUCACAUCCCAAUCCCAAUUAAGGGACUAAUUAAGGCAAUGAUCAUUCUGUGCUCUCCAGUACGUGGGUAGAAUGAUUUUUAAACUCGAUCUUCAGCAAAUCCAGAGCACUCAAAAGGAAAUUUCAUUAAUUCUAGCCAGCUAGACAGCUUUGUUUCAACCAAACCCUUAACCCACAUCGAUCACCUCAAAAACAAUCUUAUUAACCACUCAAUGUGCCACGUGGCACUUGUUUUAAAAUCUUGAUAUGACCCAUCUUGGCUAAUGGCUACUGAUUACUUUUGACCUUCUACAUUUUGAUCGACAUCAUCUUAAAAAAAAAAAUGAAAAAAAUGAAAAGAAAAAAUAGUGAGCUUGGAAAACUCAGUUCUUAACUUGUCGCCGGAGAAAGAGUUCUCUAAGGGAUGAGUCUACCUGAUUAACUUUGGGUGCAAUCUUAAUAGAAACUUCCGGGAAUAUAACAUUGGAAAUAUUGAUGAGAGAGAUCAAGGGCUUACAAGUCUUUCAGGCAAGAGCUCUUAUAUAUGAUCCAAAUCAUCCGGCUCUCGAUGAUCCAGUGAAAUGGCAUGCAAAUGGCACUGCAGCACUAGACAGAAACUUUUCAUGCAAAAGAGGGAGGUUGUCGGCUGACUUAUGGCUUGAGAA